AGCAUAGUCUAACGACAGUCGAAACAAUUUACGGCACAUUCCUGUGUUGACAACGUGGAUAAACUUGUAGAGAAGUCAGCUUGCAACCACGUAGUAUCCACUUGUAAGAUUAAUUAGACAGUCUACAUAAAGUUCAGUGCUGGUUCCAGCCUUGUAUGUUGUAUGAUAUUUUUAUAAUUAUAAUAUAAAGGACUUUCGUAACGUCUUGGACCAAAAAUGAUCAAAGCUGUCAUUCUUAUAGGAGGACCGAUGAAAGGUACUCGGUUCCGGCCAUUAUCCUUGGAUCUUCCAAAGCCCCUGUUUCCUGUAGCAGGAUUUCCAAUGAUAUAUCACCAUAUUGCUGCCUGUUCCAAAGUGCCAAACUUGCAAGAGAUUCUUCUAAUUGGGUUCUACCGACAUUUAGAGCCUCUCAAAAAGUUUAUUGCAGAAUGUCAACAAGAAUUUAAAGUACAAAUUCGGUAUCUCCUAGAAUAUACUGCCCUAGGAACUGCUGGUGGCUUGUUUCUUUUUCGAGACCAAAUUCUAAUUGAUAAUCCAAAAGCUUUCUUUGUAAUGAAUGCUGACGUUUGUGGAGAUUUCCCUCUGCUAGAAAUGUUGAACUUUCAUAAGGAAAAUCCUGCAGGAUCAUAUGGAACUAUUCUAGGUACCGAAGCUACACGACAACAAUCUUUAAGGUUUGGCUGCAUGGUAGAAGGAAAAGCAACACAUGAGGUCUUACAUUAUGUUGAAAAGCCAGAGACAUUUAUUAGUAAUAUCAUAAACUGUGGGAUAUACCUCUUUAAUCCAGAAAUUUUCCAAGCAAUAGAAACUGCCUUCAAGAAGAAUGCCAAGGAUAGCUAUAAUAACAUCCUGUUUAUAAUUAAUAACAGUGCCAAAAUUAAGAACUUCAGCACUCAAAACACACUUGAUGAUCCUGUCCAGUCUCGAGAAAUGAUACGUUUAGAACAAGAUAUCUUCGUACCAUUAGCAGGAAGUGGAAAAUUGUUUAUUUGCCACACCAACAAAUUCUGGAGUCAAAUAAAAUCAGCUGGAGCUGCUAUAUAUGCAAAUCGCCAUUAUCUUGCCAUUUACAACAAAACCCACCCAGACAGGUUGGCUGUGAAUUCAGAAGAUUCUCCAAAAAUCAUUGGUGAUGUCUAUAUCCACCCUACUGCUCAAGUAGACCCUACAUGUGUUGUUGGACCAAAUGUGACAAUUGGUAAAAAUGUGAAAGUGAAAGCUGGUGUCCGAUUACGUGAAUCAAUUAUUUUGGAAGAUGCAGUUCUCCAGGACCACAGUUGUAUUCUGUACAGUAUUGUCGGUUGGAACAGUAUCGUAGGAGCUUGGAGCCGAGUUGAAGGCACUCCUAAUGACCCGAAUCCAAACAAACCCUUUGCAAAGCUUGAUAUCCCAGCCUUAUUUACAGAUGAUGGUAGACUGAAUCCUUCCAUAACAGUCAUAGGUUCUAAGGUUCAUAUCCCUCCAGAAGUGAUCAUUUUGAAUUCUAUAGUUCUUCCUGACAAAGAUUUAAAUUCAAGUUACAAGAAUCAAAUUAUUUUGUAAAAGUUG